AUGGCCUGCAAUGAAGCGCAGUUGGCGACGCCGCCGAGCCAGAGGCUAGCUGGGAAAGUUGUGCUGAUCACCGGGGCAGGAGGCUCAAUAGGCCUGGCCACAGCGUCUCGAUUGCUGCAAGAGGGUGCAAGCCUUAGUUUGGUGGACAUCAGCCCUGAAGCCCUGGACAUGGCCAAGUCCAAAAUGCAGCCCUUCGUCUCACCAAAUUCACUGGACUCGAGGGCGACGGUCGACAAGUUCGGUCGCCUCGACUGUGCAUUUCUAAACGCAGGGAUAAGUUACUCAUCCACAAGCAUUUUCGAUACGACCGAGGAGAAGUACGACAAGAUCAUGAAUGUGAACGUUAAGUCAGCCUUCCUUGGCAUCAAACACACCGGCAUGGUUAUGCGAGAUCUUGGAAAUGGAGGAAGUAUUGUCUUGACUUCCUCUAUCGCCGGGCUGAGAGGGACACCUGGCCUCAUUCUGUAUUCUGGGUCUAAGUUCGCUUUACGUGGGCUAGCCCUUACAGCCGCCUCCGAGCUGGGCCCGUAUGGCAUCCGCGUCAACACGAUACACCCUAGUGGAGUAAACACGCCAAUGUUCCGAGCGACGUGGAGUGAGGAGAAGUUGGAGGAACUCCGCCGGAAUAUGCCCCUAGGCCGGUUUGCGGAGGUGGACGAUAUAACUGGAGUCGUAGCAUUCCUGGCGAGCAAUGACUCCAAGUUUAUGACAGGUGGUUUCUUGAAAGUUGAUGGGGGCUGUGUAAGCUUUUAA